UCGCCAGCAUUCUCCCCGGGUAGAUGAGCAGCGCUCGCUGAUUGGUUCGGUGGUCACGUGGGAUGUGCGGUUGUCCGUUGGCGGCGUCCCGGUGACAGCGGUGUGGUGGUCGCCAUGUUCAGGAUGGAGGCGCUGGGGCCGAAAAUGGAUCCGGAGGAAUUGCGCAGGAAGAUGAGGGCGGACGUGCUACGUUCCCUUCGCUACUUUCUCAUUUACGUCGCCAUCCUGCGGGCGACUCCCUUUAUCCUAAAAAAAUUGGAUAGUAUUUGAACUUCGUGGUGGACAGGAAACCUGAUACAAGAAUGCUCGAUCUUUAUUCGUACAGGAUGAUAAAAUGAGCAGAGAUAAUUGGAGAUGUUGCUGCUACCAUCACAAAUGAAUUUUUUAUACUCGGCUAAUGGACAAAUUUUCAACCCUCAUAUUUUAAAGCUGUUCUAUUUGUACAACUGGAUUAAUUACAAAUAAUGUUUCUUCUAUGGAUGUUUUGUUUUCAAACAUAGAUAUUUUUUGGUAUUGGUGUACAUUAGCUAUUCAUUUACAGGGCAAACAAAUUUUGUUUAAAAUCACUGUUUGCUAUGUAUGAUUUGUGGCGUAUAGUUGUCUUCUGAAUAUGAAUUUGAUAUAUAUUCCAGCUGGUUCAGAGAUGAGUUGAGUUUUCUCUCUUGAGAAUUACUGCAACAAUUGUUUAAUGUUUCAAUGAUGCAGAAUUUGAUCUUAACCUAAAGAUGGUAUUUGACUGGGUUUAAUUGAAGUUUUCUUGGUAUGAAUUUGCUUUGAUUGAUCUUGCUGAAGAGAUUUAAAUAGAUUCCCAUACUUGAUUAUCUGCAUUUAAAAAACAAAAUUACACUUCUUUCACCCUGUUCAUUUAAAGAUUGUAAAACCUUGUAUUACUUGAAUUGAUGUAAAAUAUCACUGAAUUUUUUUAAA